UUGCCCUCUCGAGGCAGGCAGUGAUAUGGCUAAAGGUUACGGCGGAGCGAUAUGCUGUAGUCUACGACAAAGAGCUGCGAUAAAUCGGGAGGGAAAUCCCAUGAAUAGUGUUUGAGCCCUAUGUCACUAAUGGACGGAGUCAUUGUAUAAAACACGAAAUGUAACCCCACAUAUAAAAACGCUAGCAAAGAGAAUCACUGAACACUUCACAGGAGAACAUGGAGAAGAAAAGGUGGGAAUGCUUGGCUCUCCCCAAGGGCUGGCAGAUCGAAGAAGUGACCAGAAAGUCGGGGUUGUCUGCGGGAAAAAGCGAUGUCUAUUAUUUUAGUCCAACCGGGAAGAAGUUUCGGAGCAAGCCUCAGCUGGCUCGUUACCUUGGCAACCAGAUGGACCUCGGCUCCUUCGACUUCCGCACGGGGAAGAUGCUCAUGAGUAAACUGAACAAGAACAGGCAGAGACUGCGCUAUGACAACAACAAUCAGACCAAGGGCAAGCCAGACCUGAACACAUCACUCCCCGUCAGACAGACUGCUUCCAUCUUUAAGCAACCUGUCACCAAGGUUACCAACCACCCCAGCAACAAAGUCAAGACAGAUCCACAGAAAGCCGUCGACCAGCCGAGACAGCUUUUCUGGGAGAAGAAGCUUGGUGGUCUCGAUGCCUUUGACAUCGCAGAGGAGCUAGUGAAGACAAUGGACCUGCCUAAAGGUCUUCAAGGAGUUGGACCUGGAUGUACAGACAAGACUCUACUGUCAGCGAUAGCCAGCGCCCUGCACACCAGUGCAGCCCCCAUCACCGGUCAGCUGUCUGCAGCCGUGGAGAAGAACCCAGGGGUGUGGCUCAACACAUCGCAGCCCCUUUGCAAGGCCUUCAUUGUCACUGACGAGGACAUCAGGAAGCAGGAGGAGCUGGUGUACAGUGUGAGGAAGAAGCUGGAGGAGGCUCUAAUGGCGGACAUGUUGGCUCAUGUGGAGGAAGCAGCCAGCGAGGGCGACUCACUCGAGGAGGACAACGACGCCAUGGAGGCUGUAUAGCAGAGGGUGAUGGGGAGUUAGAGUAAUUUGGAUGGGUUUUUCAACACCUUAUCACAGGACCAUGAAACAGGAACCCUGUACCAAUCCAACCAAAAGAACUGCCCACUUUCCACCUACUACACCUCUGAAGCUUUACCUACCUACCACCCACCUCGCCCGCUGGUUGGGCUCUUCUGGCUCCAGUGCCAAGAAAGGACUUGGACUGAGCCAUUCUGAAUCAAAUAAUUUAGCUAAUAAUCAAUCUUUCUUUUGAAAAAGAGAGCAUCAAAUAACUUUUUGACAGCACAUAGUGAAAGGAGAGCGAUUUACAUACAGUAUGACAAAUUCAGUGUUCAAUGAUGUAGUUUUAUUUUUUACAAGACAUUGUAUGAAUUUUCUGAAUGUGAGAUAUAUGUUGUGACAAACAUGUCAAACCCCCCCCCCCCCCCAAAAAACAACUACUUUUUAAAUGUAUUGGGAGAUUUUCAAUUAGUAGUGAAUGCUGUUUUUCUUUCUGGGUUUCUAAUGCACUCCAUGGGGAUCGAUGGACCAUAGUGUAAGGGUACUUUGGUACAGUUUAUAGGGCUAUGUGAGAGAGGCUUUGAUGAGAGGGAACAAUAUAGUUGCCCAAAUGAUGCACUCUAAAGCAUGUCUUAUAGUCACAGGACAGAGAAUUAGUGAAAAAUGAUUGAAUCGUGUUCUCAAGGAAAUAUCCUUGUCAUUGUAAUGUAGUCCAUUCAAACCCCUUACCAAGUAUUGACCAAAGAUGGUUCAUGUCAUUUUUGGAAAGUCUUACAGUAUUCUACUGUAGUUCUUUUGUUAUAGCAUCAUAUUCAGCUUCUCAAUAGCUAGUGAUGUUUCCACAUGACACUGAGUUAUGAGUGAAGUCAUACUGUACAUUGUUAAAAUGGGGACAAUGGUGUAGAAGUGACUUGGACCCUUCUCUCCUGCAUUGUGUAGAUUUGAUUCAUUUUAACACUCAUUGUGCUCACUGAAGUUGUUGGUUUAACGUUGCUGUUUCUAGCCAAUGCAUGUUUGUCCCAUGGCCAUGCUUUUUAAAUGUUUCCAAUGAUGGGUCAAAGCCAUCACAACACUUGCUGCCUCCAUUAUCUUGUGCACUGGGUGCCAGACAGAGUAAACUAAGCAGAUUUUGUUUGAAUAAAGAUUAAGGGCUGGA